AUGUUCGAGGAGCUCCCGAAGACGCGCAUCUUCUGGGUGGGCCUGACGGCCUUCCGCAUGUGGAACGCGCUGUUUGUGCGCACGUCCUUCAACCCGGACGAGUACUGGCAGAGUACUGAGGUAGCGCACCGCUUGGUCUUCGGCUACGGAUAUCUUACGUGGGAGUGGCAAGAUGACGCGCAAUUGCGAGGCUUCGCUCACCCGGCGCUAUUUGCGGGUCUCUACAAGUUUCUGGAGCUGCUGAAUUUGGACUCGCGGUGGGCGGUGACCUACGGUCCGCGGCUAUUGCAGGGCCUUCUAUCUGUAGCCAACGAUUAUUUCCUGUACAAAUUGGCGUGGAUUUAUUUUGACGCCAAAACAGCCAAGUGGGCGCUGCUAUGCCAGUUGUUCUCGUGGUUCACCUUCUACGUGAUGGUGCGGCCGUUCUCCAAUUGCGUCGAAACACUGUGCACGACAGCAGCGCUGGCUUACUGGCCGUGGAAGUUCUUGGAGGAAGGAGCGGACAAGAAGAGCGACGGUGUCGCCUCGGUGAAGCGGAGCAAUCGCACCCUGGCGCUUGCUUUCGCGGCGUUGGGUGUGCUCUUUCGACCGACGAAUGCCAUCAUCUGGCUGUACCCUGGCAUUGUGCACUUCUUGCAGACGCGUGACCGCGCAUUUCUCAUGCUCGGUCUUGUAGUGCCGAUUGCAAUCGUCACGACGCUGACUAUGCUGUGUAUCGACCGUCUUGGGUACGGCGAGUGGACUUAUGUGCCAUUUAACUUUUUCAAGUUUAACGUUCUACAGGGUAAGGACAAACUGUACGGCGAACACCCAUGGAGCUGGUAUUUCUCGCAGGGUUAUCCGGCCAUUGUGGGCACCACGCUGCCUAUUGCUAUUGGUGGUUAUCUCACUGUGCCGCCCUCGAAGAAAGAUCUGGGUCGUCUGAUUAUGUGGGCGCUCUUCGUGUACAGCAAUGCGGCUCACAAAGAGUUCCGCUUCGUUCUACCGCUGCUCCCUCCCGCAUUCGUGUAUGCUGGGUAUUGCCUGCGUAACCUCGAGCGCAAGCUGUAUGCCCAGUUUCGAGAAAGAACGCAGUGGAAUUUGCUUCGACUUGCUGUAUUUUCAGUCGUCGUGCCGAAUGUGCUCAGUGCCUACUACCUGUCACGAAUCCACCAGCGAGCCCCAGCUGAGGUAAUGGACUAUCUGGCAGAACGUAUCCAAGAAAACCCGGAGGCGUCGAUCCACUUUUGGACUCCUUGCCACGCUACGCCUUACUACAGUUACCUGCAUCAGAACGUCUCGAUGUGGUUCCCAGACUGCUCUCCAGCUAACCGCGAGCGAACUGAAGGCUGCGAGUCCCACCAACUUGAGCGCGAUCCGAGGCAUUUCCUCACGAAUCUCUACCAUUUAAAUGACGUUGUUAGCGACUCGUCAUCUAUGGAGCUGCCAACCUACGUCGUCACGUACUCCACCAUUGCUGCCAAGAUCAGACCACUUCUGCUUGGCACAGGCUUCGUCGAGGCUGCCUCGUUUCAGCACAGCGACGUUAGUGGCGAUGCGGAUUCGUCGGAGAUUGUCUCGAAGAUGCUGGUGUACAAGCGCCAGUAG